AUGUUUCGAAACAGUCUCAAGAUGCUUCUUACUGGAGGGAAGUCAAACCGCAAAAACAGGUCCAGUGAUGGAGGGAACGAGGAGCCACCAGACCGAAGACAGGCAAGUGUAGACUCCCGCCAGAGCCGAUCUGGGCAAGGAGGCACCUCCACAGAGAACGACUGUGCUUUUGAACCCGACUACGCCAUUCCGCCACUCCCAGUGACCGAAGGUGAUACUGAGCAGGAGCUGGGACCCCCUCCAUCCGUCGAUGAGGCGGCAAAUACACUCAUGACUCGCCUGGGCUUCCUCCUCGGAGAGAAAGUCACGGAGGUACAGCCAGGGCCCCAGUACAGCAUGGAGGUGCAGGACGAGAACCAGAGCUCGGCGGUGACGCAGCGCAUCAGCCCCUGCUCCACGCUGACCAGCAGCACGGCCUCGCCGCCCGCCAGCAGCCCCUGCUCCACCCUCCCGCCCGCCAGCGCCAGCGGCACCGCCAAGGACUGCACCUACGGCGCCGUCACCAGCCCCACCUCCACGCUGGAGAGCCGGGACAGCGGCAUCAUAGCUACUUUGACAAGCUACUCAGAAAAUGUGGAACGCACUAAAUAUGGAGGGGAAAGCAGUAAAGAACUUGGGUCGGGAGGAAACCUGAAACCUUGGCAGUCCCAGAAAUCCAGCAUGGACUCCUGCUUGUACCGCGUGGAUGAGAACAUGACGGCCUCCACCUACAGCCUCAACAAAAUCCCGGAGAGGAACCUGGAGACGGUCUUGUCCCAGUCGGUGCAGUCCAUUCCUCUUUACCUUAUGCCACGGCCAAAUUCAGUAGCAGCCACCAGCUCAGCCCACCUCGAAGAUCUCGCCUACCUGGACGAGCAGAGGCACACUCCCCUGCGGACCUCGCUCCGGAUGCCGCGGCAGAGCGUGGCCGGCGCCCGCACGCAGCAGGACCUGCGAGUCCGCUUCGCACCUUACAGACCUCCCGACAUCUCUCUGAAACCGCUGCUCUUCGAGGUGCCCAGCAUCACCACCGAGUCCGUCUUCGUUGGCCGGGACUGGGUGUUCCACGAGAUAGACGCGCAGCUGCAGAGUUCCAACGCCAGCGUCAACCGAGGUGUCGUGAUCGUCGGGAACAUCGGGUUUGGAAAAACCGCCAUCAUCUCCAGACUGGUUGCGCUCAGCUGCCAUGGCACACGUAUGAGACAGAUUGCUUCCGACAGCCCGCACGCCUCGCCGAAACAUGUGGAUGCAAACCGAGAGCUGCCCUUAACCCAGCCGCCUUCUGCUCACUCGUCGAUCACCAGCGGGAGCUGCCCGGGGACGCCCGAGAUGCGCCGGCGCCAGGAGGAGGCCAUGCGGAGACUCGCUUCCCAGGUUGUCGCUUACCACUACUGCCAGGCUGACAACGCCUACACCUGCCUGGUGCCAGAGUUCGUGCACAACGUGGCCGCCUUGCUCUGCCGCUCGCCGCAGUUCGGUGCCUACCGGGAGCAGCUCCUGCGAGAGCCCCACCUGCAGAGCAUGCUCAGCCUGCGCUCCUGCGUGCAGGACCCCAUGGCCUCCUUCCGCCGGGGAGUCCUCGAGCCCCUGGAGAACCUCCACAAAGAGAGGAAGAUCCCUGAUGAAGAUUUCAUUAUAUUAAUUGAUGGUUUAAAUGAAGCUGAAUUUCACAAGCCGGAUUAUGGAGAUACCAUAGUGUCAUUCCUGAGCAAAAUGAUUGGAAAAUUCCCUUCCUGGCUGAAGCUGGUAGUGACAGUCAGGACAAGUCUCCAGGAAAUAAUUAAGCUGUUGCCCUUCCACAGAAUAUUUUUGGAUAGACUGGAAGAGAAUGAAGCCAUAGACCAGGACCUGCAGGCAUAUAUCCUUCAUCGGAUACACAGCAGCUCGGAGAUCCAGAACAACAUCUCACUUAACGGCAAAAUGGACAACACUACCUUUGGCAAACUCAGUUCUCACCUCAAGACCUUGAGCCAAGGCUCCUACCUGUACCUAAAACUCACUUUUGAUCUCAUAGAGAAAGGAUACCUAGUACUAAAAAGCUCCAGCUACAAAGUAGUCCCAGUGUCUCUGUCAGAAGUUUACCUGUUGCAGUGCAAUAUGAAGUUCCCAACGCAGUCUUCCUUUGAUCGGGUUAUGCCUCUCUUGAAUGUGGCAGUGGCAUCUCUGCAUCCACUAACAGAUGAACAUAUUUUUCAGGCCAUUAAUGCAGGUAACAUUGAGGGCACUUUGGAGUGGGAUGACUUUCAGCAGAGGAUGGAGAACCUUUCUAUGUUUCUUAUCAAACGUAGAGAUAUGACGCGAAUGUUUGUUCAUCCCUCUUUCCGAGAAUGGCUUAUUUGGAGAGAAGAAGGUGAAAAGACCAAGUUUCUUUGUGAUCCUAGGAGUGGCCACACGUUACUUGCCUUCUGGUUUUCCCGUCAAGAAGGAAAACUAAACCGACAGCAAACCAUUGAACUGGGACAUCACAUUCUCAAAGCACAUAUUUUUAAGGGGCUGAGUAAAAAAGUUGGGGUAUCUUCCUCCAUCCUGCAAGGGCUUUGGAUCUCCUACAGCACUGAAGGUCUUUCAAUGGCUUUGGCAUCUCUGAGAAAUCUCUACACCCCAAACAUAAAGAUCAGUCGGCUGCUGAUUUUAGGAGGUGCGAACGUGAAUUAUCGGACGGAAGUUCUGAACAACGCUCCCAUUUUGUGUGUCCAAUCUCACCUGGGUUACACCGAGAUGGUGGCUUUGCUCUUGGAGUUUGGGGCCAACGUAGAUGCCGCUUCGGAAAGUGGCCUCACCCCCCUUGGCUACGCGGCUGCUGCUGGGUUUCUGAGUAUCGUCGUGCUGCUGUGCAAGAAACGGGCCAAGGUGGAUCAUUUGGACAAAAAUGGUCAGUGCGCUCUGGUUCACGCCGCUCUCAGGGGACACUUGGAGGUGGUGAAGUUCCUGAUCCAGUGCGACUGGAGCAUGGCUGGGCAGCAGCAGGGAGUCUUCAAGAAGAGCCACGCCAUCCAGCAGGCACUGAUCGCCGCGGCCAGCAUGGGCUACACCGAGAUUGUCUCCUACCUGCUCGAUCUUCCAGAAAAAGACGAAGAGGAGGUGGAGCGAGCACAGAUCAACAGCUUUGACAGCCUCUGGGGAGAGACAGGUGAUUUCUGCAGACACUGUGGCUUCCUCUUGCUUCUUUCUGUCUGUGGGCUCCUUGUCGCCUGGUGCAUCCCUGACCCCUCGCAUGGUUUUGAUGAUGGCAGAAGAAUUAGUUCCUCUGAUUUGAUUUUGGGUGGUUCACAGAUUGUAGACCUCUUACUCACACACGGCGCUGAUGUGAACAUGGCAGACAAGCAGGGGCGGACGCCGCUGAUGAUGGCUGCAUCUGAGGGACAUCUAGGCACCGUGGAGUUUCUGCUUGCACAAGGUGCCUCCAUUGCUCUGAUGGACAAGGAGGGCUUGACAGCCCUCAGCUGGGCUUGUCUGAAGGGCCAUCUCUCCGUGGUGCGUUCCCUGGUGGAGAACGGAGCGGCCACCGACCACGCAGAUAAAAACGGGCGCACUCCGCUGGACCUGGCAGCUUUUUACGGCGAUGCAGAGGUGGUUCAGUUUCUGGUGGACCAUGGGGCCAUGAUCGAGCACGUCGACUACAGCGGGAUGCGUCCCCUCGACCGGGCAGUGGGGUGCCGCAACACCUCGGUCGUCGUCACUCUCCUGAAGAAAGGAGCAAAGAUAGGUCCAGCAACAUGGGCGAUGGCAACCUCCAAACCAGACAUCAUGAUCAUCCUGUUGAGCAAGCUGAUGGAGGAGGGAGACAUGUUUUAUAAGAAAGGUAAAGUGAAAGAGGCUGCCCAGCGCUACCAGUAUGCUCUGAAAAAAUUCCCCAGGGAAGGGUUUGGAGAAGACCUGAAAACCUUCCGUGAGCUGAAGGUGUCGCUGCUUCUCAACCUCUCCCGAUGUCGAAGGAAAAUGAACGAUUUUGGAAUGGCGGAGGAAUUUGCUACUAAAGCGCUGGAGCUGAAACCGAAAUCUUACGAAGCUUACUACGCAAGAGCAAGGGCCAAGCGCAGCAGCAGACCGCCACUCCCGGUGGAGCCGGAACCUGAAGCCCAGCAUGAAGAUUUGUAUUCUGUGCAAGAUAUCUUUGAGGAGGAAUACCUCGAGCAGGAUGUAGAAAACGUUUCCAUUGGCUUGCAGACAGAGUCCAGGCCAAACCAAGGGCUGCCCGUCAUCCAGAGCCCACCCCCGUCCCCAGCUCACAGGGACUCAGCCUAUAUUUCUGGCUCACCCCUUGGCUCUCAUCAGGUCUUUGAUUUCAGGUCCAAUAGCUCCGUGGGUUCGCCAACCAGGCAAGGGUACCAGUCCACGUCUCCUGCUCUGUCUCCGACGCACCAAAACUCGCAUUACAGACCCAGUCCUCCACACACGUCCCCUGCUCACCAGGGCUCCUCGUACCGCUUCAGCCCACCUCCUGUCGGAAGUCAAGGGAAGGAGUAUCAAAGCCCACCACCUUCUCCUCUGCGUAGAGGUCCUCAGUAUCGUGCCAGCCCCCCAGCAGAAAGCAUGAGCGUUUAUAGGUCACAGUCCGGUUCCCCGGUUCGUUAUCAGCAAGAACCCAGCGGAGUCAGCCAGCUCCCCGGUCGGCCAAAGUCUCCGUUAUCCAAGAUGACGCAGAGGUCUUUCCAGAUGCCCCAACUCCCCGUGGCCGUGCCGCAGCAGGGGCUGAGGCUGCAGCCAGCCAAGGCGCAGAUCGUGAGGAGCAACCAGCCCAGCUCAGCCGUCCACUCGAGUACUGUAAUCCCAACCGGUGCUUACAGCCAGGUUGCCCACUCGAUGGCCAGCAAGUACCAGUCGGCGUCAGGGGAAAUGGGGGUUAGCCAGAGCAGGUUGGUCUACCAGGGCUCUAUCGGGGGCAUCGUUGGGGACAGCAGACCCGUGCAGCACGUUCAGGCGAGCCUCAGCGCGGGAGCGAUCUGUCAGCACGGAGGGCUGGCCAAAGAAGACCUUCCGCAGAGACCGUCCUCGGCGUACAGGGGGGGUAUGCGAUACAGCCAGACCCCUCAGAUCGGGCGAAGCCAGUCUGCUUCCUACUAUCCAGUGUGUCACUCGAAGCUUGAUCUGGAACGUUCUUCCCUCCCCGCCAGCCAGCUGGGCUCUCCAGAUGUGUCUCAUCUCAUAAGAAGGCCCAUCACAGUUAAUCCCAGUGAAAUAAAGCCUCACCCACCAACUCCGAGGCCCCUGCUCCACUCUCAGAGCGUUGGCCUCCGCUUCUCUCCUUCCAGCAAUAGCAUCUCCUCCACCUCCAACCUGACGCCCAACUUCCGCCCUUCUGCUUCGAUUCAGCAAAUGGAGAUUCCCCUCAAGCCAGCUUAUGACAGAUCGUGCGAUGAACUUUCUCCGGUCUCUCCCACGCAGGGGGGUUACCCCAGCGAGCCAGCCCGUUCCCGGACCACGCCGUUCAUGGGAAUCAUAGAUAAAACCGCUCGGACUCAGCAGUACCCCCACCUCCAUCAGCAGAACCGGACCUGGGCUGUCUCGUCAGUGGACACUGUCAUUAGUCCUACAUCUCCGGGCAAUCUCCCCCAGCCGGAAUCAUUUAGCCCGCCUUCUUCAAUCAGCAACAUUGCCUUUUAUAACAAAACCAACAAUGCACAGAAUGGCCAUUUGCUAGAGGAAGACUAUUACAGCCCCCAUGGGAUGCUGGCCAAUGGGUCCCGGGGAGACCUCCUGGAGAGAGUCACCCAAGCCUCCUCGUAUCCCGACGUCAAGGUGGCAAGGACACUGCCUGUGGCGCAGGCCUACCAGGACAACCUGUACAGGCAGCUCUCCAGGGACUCCAGGCAAGGGCAGACGUCCCCAAUCAAACCAAAGAGACCAUUUGUGGAGUCUAAUGUGUAA